AUGAACCGCCAGGGUACCGCAGUUUACCAGUCGGAAGAAGAUGAAGAAGUGGAUGAAAACGACUUGGUGGACCAGGCAGAAACUGACUCCGCCAAUGUUACGCGAACAGAUGUGGAGGAGCGUGCGUUGGACCCAAAUCACAAUUACUUCAUCUUAUUUGACUCUGGCGUCAAUGAUCAAGCCAAAGGAAAGGAGGCUGAACUUCGAGCUCGAUUUGAAAGAUGCAUCUCACAAUGGAGUGGCGCAAAAAUACAGCCGGAUCCAACCGCGGCGCUUACUUCUGGCCCGAUCACAUCCAGCACGCAUCUGCAACAACAACCUCGGGUUUCCUCACAGUCAAGCAGCAACAUCAAUAACCAGUCCACUGGCACUCUUCAGAUUGAGGGAAGCGGUACAGAAGUGGGUCCCACACUGAGUUCCACAUCUUUGGCCAGAAAUUCAUCAGGUACUGGUGGUACGUCUAGCAUUCACGGUUUACAAAAGCCUGCCGUUAGUGAGCAGUUGCCUGGUGGCCAAGGAUAUGCAGGCGCCCGCGUGCCAGGUGAAAAAACCAUUGCAGAUUCAGGUGGGAAGACUCCAAAACCUGGCAAAGUUGCGGUGGGUGAGGAAGAUGUGCUGGUUCCUAUGUGUGGGCUGGUUGUCGGUGGUGAUCGGUUCACGUUGCGCCAAGUGUAUUGUUCCAUGAUUCAAAAUCGUUGCCCGAUAGUUGUAACGAAGGGUACAUCUGGUGCGGCUGACGUGAUCGCUUUCGGUCUGGAUGCAGCAAAUAAGAUGGCCAACGAAGAAGUUGCAGAUGAGAAAGAACCUGUACCACUGGAGUCAAGGAUCGAAUCAAUCAUUGAGGAGUUUUUGAGUGACAUGCAUCCAGACUGCCACAGCUAUGCGGAAGAAGUGAACAUGUUAUGCGAGAUUAUUAACGAAUACAGUAAUUUGGUCUCGGUUUUCGACAUGGAAGAAGAUUCCGAUUUGGACGGUUAUGUGAUUUCUUCACUAUUAGCCAGUGCCGGAUCGAUCGUGGCAUCUGAUCAAAUUAACCUUGAACAAUUGGAGAUAACAUUGACGCUGAAUCGUGCGGACAUCGCAAGGGAGAAAAUUUUCCUGGAGAACAAAAAAUGGAAGGUAGAUCCUCUGGUUUCCUAG